AUGGAUCUUGAAGAGUGGGAGCUCCUUCCUGACCAUGGAUUUCUCGAUGAGGACGCUGGCAAAAAGGUUUACUCGCCCAAACGAUCGGGUGUUUUUGAGAUGGAUUACUUCAUCUGCCCCCCAAAAUCAGUCGAAACAACAACAACAACAACAACAGUAGGUGAUGAGCUUCAUAUUAAUCAGCUCUUGCCUGUGCAGAUUGAUCUGGGGCCACCUAAGAUUGUGGCAGAAGCAGGAAAGGUGGCAUCUUUGAGUGAUCAGCAAGACACAGUUUCACAGGUUUUCUUCAAGAAACUGAAGGAAACCGAGUUUGUGGAGAUGAAGAUGGAGUCACCAAGGUCCGGGCCGAGCAGGGGAGUCGUGCCUCAGCUGGAUUUCCAGUUUGAUGAGGAGGAAGAGGUUAACAACAAGAGUGUGGAUCAAAAUUCGGAUAAGAAGUUGGAUGGUGAAGAUGAGCAAGGUGGGAUGAACAACAUAUGGAAAUGGAGCUUAACCGGGAUCGGUGCAAUUUUCUCAUUUGGAGUUGUUGCUGCCACUUUCUGCAUCAUUGGCCUCAACAGCCAACGUAUACAUCCCAAGCAGAAGCUUCAGUUUCAGGUUUACACCAGUGAUCAGAGAAUCCAGCAAGUGGUUCGUCAUGCGAGUAAGCUAAAUGAAGCGAUUUUGGGCGUGAGAGGAGUUGCGAUUACCAGGGCUCAUAUAACUUUUGGUGGCUACUAUGAUGGAUCCUCUCUUUGA